UUGUUGCUUUUUCACCUGUACGAAGACUUUUGUGACUAAGUGUAGGACUGUGUCUGAGACUUGCGUUGAUAUGAUUCGAUAUGCGUCGCUACAGAUGAAAUAAAACGGGAAUUCACUCGCAUUCACUGCGUGGAGUCGUGCGUAUUCGUUUUCAUACAUGAUAGCGGUAGUCUUUCUUGAAACGGCGGUGUUAGCAAAUUGCGAAGACACAUUGAGAUCAAAAUGAGUGGAAAAAUCGUAAAGAAAACUAAAAGUACAAUAUCUCUAGGUAAAAAAUUAAAAAUAUUACGUCGGUUUGAUGCCGGGGGAAAAACCGUAGAUAUUGCAAGAAUUCUUAAUAUACCCGUCCCUACCAUUAGAUCCAUAUGUAAUCGUGACGCAGAAAAAAUCAGAGAAGCUGCAAAAAAUACAAACUCAUUUAUGGUCCAACAAAUUGUAAAAGGCAAAAGUUCUUUAAUUAUGUUAAUGGAAUCUCUCCUCUCUACGUGGAUAGAGGAACAAAAUCAACGUAAAAUACCACUAAGUAGGACCAACAUACAAGAAAAAGCUUUAUCCAUAUUUGAGGAAUUAAAGUCAAAACCCUAACAUGUUCAUAAAGACGAAACUUUUCACGCAAGUCGAGGUUGGUUUCAAAAAUUUAAAUCAAGAGCUAAACUGCACAAUGUAGCAUUGAAAGGAGAAGCGUCCAGUGGAGAUGCAGUAGCGGCCGAAGAUUUUAAAAAUGUUCACAAGAACAUUAUUACACAAGGCGGGUAUUCUACUAAACAAGUGUUCAACGUAGACGAAACUGGUCUCUACUGGAACAGAGAACUUACAUUUCACAACAAGAAAAACAUGCACCUGGCUUUAAGGCAAAUAAAGAACGACUAACUCUUCUUCUCGGGGCUAAUGCAGCAGGUGAUCACCGACUCAAGCCUUUGUUAAUUAAUACUACUCAAAAUCCAAGGGCAAUGAAGAAUCAUCAAAGAAAUUCAUUACCAGUUCAUUGGAGAUGGAACAAAAAAGGAUGGAUGACAGCAACUCUGUUCCGAGAGUGGGUAAGCGAUAUUGCUGUGCCCGAACUUAAAAACUAUUGCUUGAAAGAAAAUCUUGAUUUUAAAAUUUUAAUUCUACUAGACAACGCUCCCAGCCAUCCUCCUGAUCUAGACGAAAUCUGCGAAAACAUAAAAUUUAUUUUUCUCCCGCCUAACACAACGGCUCUUAUACAGCCCAUGGAUCAAGGUGCCAUUUCUAAUUUUAAAGCUUAUUAUCUACGUAGGACGUUCAAACAACUUUUUCACUAUCUCAUUGAUGAAAUCUCAAUCAAAGUAAUAUGGAAGCAGUUUAAUAUUUUAAAAGCAGUCGAAAAUGUUGGAGAAUCUUGGAUAGAAGUCAAACAAAGUUGUUUAAAAGGGGUUUGGAGAAAACUGUGGCCAGAAUUUACUGAAGAUGCCGAAGGAGCAGACACUGAUGACCUCGAAGGGAUUGUCAAUGAUUUGCUUCAAUGCGCAGAAGAGAUACAUUUUGAAGGGAUGGAGGUAAACGACAUUGAAGACAUAAUUUUAAAUCAAGAUGAAGAAGAAAUUGCAUGCGAUGACUUACUACAAAAUUUUACUGCUACAACUGAAGAGGCCACUGAGCAUUCAGACACAGAAAUUACAAAUCAAAAAUUAACAGAAGCGUUUUCAUUAAUCGACAAAGCUGUCGAGAUUUUUAUUAACCACGAUAAGGACGAAAAUCGAAGCAGAACUGUAAUGCUGAACUGCUGUCGCCAAAGAUGUUCAGUGCUACAAGGACCUGUACACUACACGUAUAAUGGAUGUACCUCUAGACAGCAAACUUUGGAUGAUUUUUUAAAAACGUAA